GUCUUUCCUUAUUCAAUAAUAACCAUUACUCUCCUAUUCAACUAACUACUUCCAAUUAAACAGAAUCCAACUACCUUAUUUACUUAAAAAUAAUUAAUUGCUAUUUUGGGCAAUCUAAGGAAUUGACCAAUCUAAUCAAAACUUUAUGUGCAACUGUUUUUAAUUAAAUCGGAAAAUGCUGUAAUAAUUAGGAUAACCUCUACUACAAUCUAAAUUACCAAAACUCAGGUACUGGGUUAGAUGUUAUACUAUAUGAAUUUAAUAUAUUUUAUUUCAAUUCUUAUAUGGAAUAGGAUGGAUAUUAAUACAUUAAUUAUGUGUAUUAAUAG